AUGGGUAACACAGCAUCACAUAGUACGACGACGAAUUCCAAAAAGUCAGACAAUAAAUCUCAACAUAAAGAUCAAAUCUAUGAACAAAUCAUUGGUUCAUUAUCUAAAAUAUGCACUGAUGAUCAAUUUCCUUUGAAUAUAUUCCGUCAAAAAGCGGAUAUAUCGACGCAUCAUCGCAUUAUCGAAAUCGUCUUAUCUCCACGACUCUCUGAUGAAUUUUCCAGUCUUAUAGUUCAACUCUACUGGAAUAAUCGUUCAACUAUCUCUCGCGACGAUGUGACAAAACUAAUUCGUGAUUGUUGUGUGUUCGAUUUAAAACAAGUCUUAUCAGAGCAUGGAAGCACAGUUGAAUCUAACAUGAUUGAAAACAAUUGUUUCAUGGCAUUGACAAAUAGCAUUGGCACAGUAGAAAACACACAGAUUGAGCAAGAAGAGUUUUAUCGUUGGAUACGAGUACAGUUUCCAACAUUGUUCUACUGUCUGGAAUUGUGGCUUCGAAAGAAUGCUACAUUAGCAGAAACGACAAAAGAGUCCGCAUCGAAUCGCACAUUGAUGAAAAUGGAUAAUAUUCUUAAUCCAACAUGGGUUUGGUUAUUAGCUCAUCAACUUCCUAUUGUAUAUCUUUCUGCUGACAAUACUUGUACGAACUUAUUCGAUCGAAUGUCUUCACUCUUACACGGUCGCAUGUGGGAUCAUCUGUAUAAUAGCCAUCGUGAUGGUGCUAGUUUAAAUCGAUUUCAACAUCAUAUUUUUGGUUAUAAAGCGGCAUUAGUUAUGCUUUUUGAAAUUUCCGACGGUUAUUUAUUCUGUUUAUGUUGUGACGAAGAGUUCAGAGAAUCGCCGAAGUAUUUUGGUGGAAUUCAAACGUGUUUAUUGCAAUUAAAACCUGUUUUUAAACUUAUUCUUGAAGGUUCACAUAUAAUUUUCAUGAAUACAAAAUUGCGUAGCAUUUCAACACUGGGCCUGUGUGUUGGCCGUGAUCAUGGUCAUACAUUCUUGAGCAUCGACGAGGACUUCUUUAAUGUCAAACAUAUAAAUGGUGAAGGACGCCUCGUCGCUAUUGAUGUAUGGGGUACUGGAGGAAAGAAGAGUUCCGAAGAACAAAAUGAUAUGCGUCAAUGGGAAGAGAGACAGGUGGAAAAGAGUCGAAAAGUGAAACGAUCUUAUGAAGAAGAAGAAGCUGUUCUCAACAUGGCCGGCAUUGAAACACGUCAUGCCCAGGACCAAUUUUAA